GCGUACAUUUAUCUAAUUCUAUUUCUUUUAAAAUGUUUGCUCCAAUUUUUUUCCCACUAGUUAAUUAAUCGUUUUGGUUAAUUAUAUUAUGCUCUGAUCGAUCUCUGGACUGCAAAAAGCUCACUCUUUUUCUUUGUUAGCUGUCUUUCAAAUUUCGUUGCUGCGUUUCGAUCUUCUUCUUCUUCUGCUCAAUUAAGACUUCUACUAGUGUUAUUUUGUUUGCGGAUUGUUAUAGUUAUAGUUUUUUCUUCAAAUCGAGCUACUUUGGGUUCGAUCUUUGUCUAUGAUUCUCAGUCUCUUUGAUAAAAAUUAAGCUAAACCUGUCUCCCUUCCUUUAUUUUUAUUUUUAUUUAAAAAAUUUCGGUUCAGUUGAACUGAGUUGCGUUUAGAUCCUCUAUAAAUGAUGGCUUCACGGCUCAUAAGCUUAUGACAUUGUCUAAUGGGUAGCUCGGUUAAAAAUUAGGGUUUUGUGGGGCGAACUAGAAGAUUAACACUUUCGAACCCCAGGGCUUGGGUUUGGGUCUAUUUCUUUGAUAGUUGUUAGUCUUUACUUUACUUAUCUGGUUAAUAUUAGUUUGGAAUUUAGUUUAGUUUCUGUUUUUAAUUUUCUCGUUCUACUGCUGAUAGUGUUGUUUCCUCUUGUUUAUCUUAGAUCCCCAUGAGAAAUUGUUGAAAGCUCAUACAGAAUAUAAAUAUUGUGCGCCAAUUUGGUCGCAUAUUUAUCGAAUAAUUGGGGAUAUUAGUGACACAGUGAGGUGGGGAUACUGAAAUUGUCUGUAUUUGUACUGGUGACACCGCCCGUAUUAUAUUUGUGAGCUUUUGUUUUUUUUAAGAAGAAUACUUAUUUGUUCUGUUUUUGAUUGAGUGGGUUGAGCAUAUUAAUUAUUGUAAAAAUACUAAGUCAGGCCUGGCUCUGGAGAGCUACUUAGACUCUGGCCACCAAAGGGCGGUGCCUCCUAUGGUGCCUUCUCGGGUGGCUGGAGGAUUAGCGCAAUCUUCAUCAAGUUCUGGAAUUUUCUUCCAAGGGGAUGGGCAGUCUCAGCUUGUAGUUAACUCUCACUUGAGCUCAUCUUUCGGGAACUCUUCUAAUUCCAUUCCUGGAACUGGGCGUUCAAAUCUGGGUCCGGUUUCUGGGGACAUGAAUAAUGCAGUUUUGAGCGGUGUGGCAAACUCAGGUCCAAGUGUUGGGGCAAGUUCUUUGGUCACAGAUGCGAACUCUGUACUUUCAGGCGGUCCCCAUUUGCAGAGAAGUGCAAGCAUCAAUACAGAGUCAUACUUACGCUUACCAGCAUCGCCCAUGUCGUUCUCAUCCAACAACAUUAGCAUGUCAGGGUCAUCGAUUAUGGAUGGGUCUUCCGUAGUGCAACAAAAUUCUCAGCAUGAUCACAACUCUCAACAAAUCCAGCAGAAUCAGCAACACCAGCACCCGCGGCAGCAAGGGGCUUCUAGUGCUACUUCAUUAGCCACGUCUCAAACUGGCCAGGUUUCCCUUCCCAUGGGGGCGCGAGUACCUGGAGCUUUUAUUCAGGAUCCAAAUAAUUUGGCCCACGUCCAGAAAAAACCCCGGUUGGAUAUCAAGCAGGAAGAUAUGUUGCAGCAGCAGGUGUUACAGCAGCUACUGCAAAGGCAGGAUCCCAUGCAGUUCCAAGGCCGAAAUCCACAAAUACAAGCCUUGCUUCAGCAGCAGAGAUUGCGGCAACAACAUCAGAUUUUGCAGUCUAUGCCUCAACUGCAGAGAGCCCAGUUGCAGCAGCAGCAACAGCAACAACAACAACAACAACAACAUCAGUUGCAGUUGAGACAACUUCAACAACAAUCUUUGCAGCCAGUAUCUUCCGUUAAGCGCCCCUAUGAUGGCGGCGUAUGUGCUCGUAGACUGAUGCAAUAUCUAUAUCAUCAGCGUCAACGGCCUUCUGAUGCGUGGCAAUGCGACAUUUGCGGUUCUAAAUCUGGAAGGGGUUUUGAGGCAACCUUUGAAGUGCUCCCUAGACUUAAUGAGAUCAAAUUUGGUAGUGGAGUCAUCGAUGAACUUUUGUUUUUGGACUUGCCACGUGAAUGUAGAUUUCCUUCUGGUGUAAUGAUGUUGGAGUAUGGGAAAGCAGUUCAAGAGAGUGUAUACGAGCAACUUCGUGUUGUUCGGGAGGGUCAGCUUCGUAUAAUUUUUACGCAAGAUUUAAAGAUAUUGUCUUGGGAAUUCUGUGCACGGCGCCAUGAAGAACUUCUUCCUCGUAGGUUGGUUGCACCGCAGGUGAAUCAGUUGGUUCAAGUUGCUCAGAAAUGCCAAAGCACAAUUGCUGAAAGUGGAUCUGAUGGGAUAUCUCAGCAGGAUCUACAGACAAACAGCAAUAUGGUACUGACAGCUGGGCGGCAGCUUGCAAAGAGUUUGGAGUUGCAGUCAUUGAAUGAUUUGGGUUUUUCUAAAAGAUAUGUGAGGUGUUUGCAGAUCUCAGAGGUUGUCAAUAGCAUGAAAGACUUGAUUGACUUCUGCAGGGAGAACAAAGUUGGGCCUAUCGAGGGCUUGAAGGUCUAUCCUCGGCAUGCCACUGCAGCCAAGCUCCAGAUGCAAAAGAUGCAGGAAAUGGAGCAGUUAGCAAGUGCUCAGGGUAUGCCCACUGACAGGAACACUCUCAAUAAGCUAAUGGCAUUGCAUCCUGGGAUGAAUAACCAAAUCAAUAAUAACCAUCACAUGGUCAAUCGUGGAGCUAUGAGUGGUUCAGCACAAGCUGCUUUGCAACUGACUACUUACCAGAAUCUGCUCUUGAGGCAGAACUCAAUGAACUCAAAUGCAAACUCUCUUCAACAGGAGGCAUCUUCUUCCUUCAAUAAUUCCAACCAUAGCCCAUCGUCAACAUUCCAAGGUGCUUCUGCUUUAAUACCCGGAUCCAUGCAGAACUUACCCGGUAGUGGUUUGUCAAGUCCCCAUUUACCCUCACGACAGCCGCACCAGAUGCAGCAGCGCUCACUUAGUUCCAAUAGCUUGCUACCACAAAACCAUUCACCUAGCUCCCAAGGAAACCAGGCCUUGCAGCAACAGGUGAUCCAGCAACUGCUACAGGAGAUGUCCAAUAACAGUGGGGGAGGUGGACAACAAUCUCUUUCUGGUCCAAAUGCAAAUGUUAGUGUGGGAAGGAGUGGGUUGAGUUUUGGAGGCAACAAUCCAGCGGCAACUCCAGCCACAUCCAAUGUCUCCGGAGGUCAUGGCCCUGCGCCAAGCAGGAGUAAUAGCUUCAAGGCUGCUGCAAACAGUGACUCUUCGGCAGGUGGUGGUAACAAUGCAUACAACCAGAGAGCAUCUGAUUUACCCUCAAACCUUCACUUGCAGGAGGAUAUGGUACCAGACAUCGCCCAUGAAUUCACAGACAACGGUUUUUUUAACAGUGAUCUUGACGAUAAUAUGGGGUAUGGCUGGAAGGCGUGACUAACAUAAUUUGGCCUAAUUGGCUCCCAUUGGGUAUGUGGCCAGCAUAUAUCUUUGUACAGGACAAUUUAAAAUAGCUGUUUUACCCCCUUCUAUUUUUUCUCUUUUUUAAAUUUUCCUUUUGUCUCAUUAUGGAAUUUGUUGUGACAUCGCGCAUUUGUACUUGAGUAGUUCAGUUCGGUAGGAGUUUAGUGUUUUUUGUUUUCCUGAGGGUUUUCUGUCUUCAUGUCUUGCAAGUGUAAUCUACUGGAUAAAAAACUCUGAGAACGGCUUUAGUUUCCCAGUAAUAUGAUAUUCACAUAUUUCACUCC